AUGACACAGCUACACAGCGAGAUAGACGAGACACAGCCCAUGUUGGCGCACACGACCAAGUCCAAAUCAAAGAAAUUGCUCGUCUUCAUAGUAUGCGCGGUGUUCCUAUUAUCAGCCGACUUUGGAUUCUUCAUGUCCACUGCACCGCAAUUGGCGGUUUUCGAGGACAUCAUCUGCCGGGAUUACAAGGCAACUCUGCAUCGCACUGGCGAUGUGCUGACACCGAGCCUGUCAGGCCCCAACCCAUGCAAAUCCGAGGCGGUGCAGGGUGAGCUGGCUCUCGUGAUCGGAUACAAAAACACCCUAGAGGUGCUGCCUGGUAUUUGGUCAAAUGUUCUUCCAUUACGAAUGGUCUGGCUCUCAGGGCUCUUUCGAAUCAUCGGCGGCGGCGACCAAGUCCUCACGUCGAUUGCAUUGGUGAUAGUCGCCGACGUAUUCUCCGAGGAUGAAAGAUCAACGGCGUUAUUCCGCCUUCAAUCGUGCGUCUUUGUCGCGGAGAUUCUGGCAGCUCCUCUGAGCGCGUACAUGCUAACCUUUGGCCCAAUGGUCCCUUUCAUGUUAUCGCUUGGUCUCAUCAUACUUGGAGCCCUGCCGACUCUACUUCUCCCCGAGACUCUCGAGGACGCCAUAGCAAAACGGACUAAGCGAGCAGAGCCCGAUCAGCAUGGCCUGCAACCUGACAAGACAACAGUCGUGCAGGAGCUGACCCGAAAAGCCCGCGAAUUCACAGAAUCCACCCGGUUCAUCUGGUCUGAUUUCAACGUCUGCCUGAUGGUCAUGGUCCUCUUCGUGACCGUCAUGGGCCGACAAUGCACCGAUCUUCUCAUGCAAUACGUAUCCCAGAGGUUCGACUGGAGCAUUGGUCGCUCCAGUCUUCUCAUCUCCCUCCGUGGGAUUUUUGGUCUGGUGACGUACCUCCUAAUCAUGCCAUCGCUAUCGUUCCUAGCGGCCAAGUAUCUCAACUUACACGGCAAGCAAAGCGACCAUGUCAUGAGCAAAGGCAGCGGCAUACUGUCCGUCAUUGGUUUCGCUGCUAUUUUCAUCGGUCCGACCCCUGCAUUUUUGAUCACGGGUCUGGUUAUUCUGUCGAUCGGCUCGGCGUUUUUGGUGACAACGCGCAGUCUGGCGACUUCCCUCGUCCUUCCCGAUCAUGUCGGGACGCUGUAUUCGGCUAUCGCGAUUGCACAGGGCCUGGGGCUCCUCGUCUCCGGCCCAUUGUUCGUCAACCUCUUUCGGCUAGGCUUGCAUCUCGGCAAGGCGUGGAUGGGCCUGCCAUUCUUGAUGGCUUCGGUAUUUUUCUUCGCUUCUGUGGUGGCUGUCUGGAACGUAAAGCUCGAGCCCUUAAGCCGGAGCGAUGAGGAAGAGCCCUUAUUAUCAUAG